UCAUCUAUCACAGUCGGCAAUGAUCUAAUAAGUUCGAUUGGCCCUGGAUUAGUGGCAUUUAUUGGUAUCGGAAAGGAUGACUCAGAAAAAGAUAUUGAUUAUCUUGUUAAAAGACUUUUAACGAUACGAGUCUUUAAUGAUGAAGAUAAACUAUGGGAAAGAAAUGUUAAGGAAAUGAACUAUGAAAUAUUAUGUGUCAGUCAGUAUACUUUAAUUGCUGCAUUCAAAGGUGCCAAACCGGCUUUUAACAACUGUAUGCCACCGGAGAAAUCGAAGGAACUGUUCGAAAAGUUUUUGACUGCGAUCAAAUCACAGUACUUGGAAGAAAGGAUAAAGUCCAAUAUCUUUGGAUCAACUGGCCAGGUUUCGUUAGUUAAUGAUGGUCCUACUACAUUUUCAUUUGAAUCGCUCAGAAAGCAUGAGGUUGGAACAUUUAGGGGGAACAUCUAG